ACGUCAGCAGGUCCCGUCAAGGCCCUACGGCGGCUCGCGCCUGGCCCGGCAGUAUCUUGGAUGGCGCGAGACGGCGAUCCUGAUGUUACGGCGGACGGAACCCACCAUGGCCUGAGUGUGACGUUGACAGCUGACCUAGAGUUUGACGGAUGAAUCCCGUGACGUGACCGCUGACGGAAACCGCCAAUCGAAGCGGGUGAGCAAACCAUCGGAUGGAUCGUCCCUCGUGACGGGAUGGGCUUGUCAGCUGCUGUCAUCGUUGCUCGCGAUAGCCAAUGGCGGCCAUUGAAUGACGCACUGAGCUUCCGAGCUGCGAUCACCUUAGCUCACGACAGUGGGGAAAGUUGCUUGGAUUGAUGGAUGGGUCUGCCUACUAGGCGGGCAGUAUUCGGUGCACGGGAAUCCCCUAGUUUCUCGGGACCUCCUCGUAGACUUUGCCGUAGUGUGUAGGAUUGGAACACGGAUUUACGUCGCCUUAGUUUGUUCAGAUGGCUUUUGACAACCAGUCAACGUUUUCUGGUAGGAACCCGAAGGAGCAGGCUAGCACUGAAGAUAUUCGUCGGACGAUAUUUCUGCCAAUCGCGCAUUUCUCACGCUAGAUUAUCGGCAGAUGAACGUCCAAAGCAUUCCCUUGUUUUAGGCCCUAGAUAGCCCUUUCGAAGCGCAGCCAAAUUAUUUAAUAUAGUCGAUCUUCUAUCCUAAGCUAUCAUCCUAUUUAGUCAGACGUGCCGUUGCACGGAGGUCAGGAGCCAUGUGGUCCAGCAAGAAGGCGAAAGGCGGGAGGCACGGAGGCAAGAUGCUCGCUUGCUUCGGCGGAACCAUCCCUGUAGAGGCGUCCAGCUCUUUCGCAGACGGUCGCCAGCGAUCGCUCAAAUCGCACGAAGGCCUGCGAAUGGCGGCAGCGACACUUGAAGACAGCGACGGCGACGGCGACGGCGACCAUCUCACCGUCAAGCGGGAAAAUCCCCCCUUUCCCCGCGACAAGAAAGAUCGCCUUCUCUCCACCGGCGGGAGCCGUAUAUUCCCAACCAACGGAUCCCCCGAUCCACGUCAGCUGUUCCCCUCAGCCACCGGACCCACGUGGCCGGAUAAGUCCUUCUCCCAGCCAAACCCCAACACGGAAGCCGCCGCCGCAGCCGCCACGGCGAAAGCAGCAGCGGAAGGGAUUCUCCCCCCUCUCGGUGCUACUGAAACGAAAUACCUUCGACAUAGUCACCAGCUCAACCACCCGCCGCACCUGCACCACCCUAAAGCCGUCACGCCAGAUGAUGACGUGGCAGCCGCGACAGCCAUCGCAGCAGCAGCUAUUCUAGGGCCUGCUAUUCCUGCCGAGCCGCUACUCCAGCAGGGAACGGAUGCUUCGCCGAAACCCGCGAAGCAGCUGAGUCAUCAAAAGGGUGGGGCUGGCAAAUCUGGCGGGGAGGAGGGGGAGAAGGCGAGAGUAGCGCGAUUUGCGGAGGAGGUUGACGAAGAGGAUGAGGACACGUCAUGCAGUAGCGAGUCCGCGAGAGCCGCCGGGUCUUCCGUGGGCUCCUGCGAGAGCACGUGCGUCCGAGUGCCACGUGGCGGGAUGGGGUUGGGCGCGGGAAUGGCGGAGGCGAGCAGCGAAGAGCUGGACGAGUUAAGGUUGGAGGUCGCGGAGCUGAGGCGACGCGUAGCGAGGCACGAGGAGGAGGCGAAGAAGCUGCGAGAUGAGGUGAAGUGGGGUUACCAGGAAGGGAUCUCGCGAACGCAGGGAAGUGGGGUUAUAAAGUUUCAAUGCUUUCCCACCCCUCUUUUCUUCUGUCGCUCAUUCCCUCUCUUCUUAAUCCCGUCUGUUUCCUCCAUUUCGUUCCACCCACAGGUGCUCUUCCUUCGCGCGUGUGGCUACGAGAUGCACUUAGCUAAGUGCCAGCAGCAGCAGCAGGGGCGUGUUCUCACACCAGCCGCCAACUCCGCCCGGCUACCGUUCCAAGACGUGGGGAACCUCCCAGCAGCAGCGCCCGGAACCGUUAUAAGCACGUUCGGGGACCCCGAGAACGCGAGGUCGAGCCUAGAUAUGUUAGUGGGGAUGCGUGUAGCGGGGAUGACGGAGAACGCAGGGCUAAGGGGACCUGGAACAGCAGCAGGCGAAGCAGCAGGCGAAGCAGCAGGCGAAGCAGCAGACGUUGUAGAAGAGGGAUCAGCGGCAGCAGUAGCGGCAGCGGGAGCAGAAACAGAGAAGGCAGGACGAGCAGGGGAGCAGCAGGCUCCAGGUCAAAGGAAGAAUAGGGAGAACAGGGAUAACAGGCAGCCUGGGAAUGGUCUGGUUUGUGCCCCCCUGCCGGAGAGAAGGGGUGUGCGGGAUACAGGGCGCCUAGCUGUCAGGCAUGCGAGGGGCAACGGGGCUGGCGGCUUAUCGGUCCUGCCUCCACUCCUCCCCUCGGACUCCCCUUCAAAAGAGAAUGAUCACUGGGAGGUUAUUGGUGCCCGCGAGAGUGCUGCUGCUGCUGCUGCUGCUGCUGCAGGGGAAGCUGAUGUGGUGGUGACGCCGAAAGCCCUCCCCUCCCCUCGUCCCGCUGCCACGUCAGCAUUCCCUGUCAUGCCAGCUCGGCCUGCCACGCCAGCAGCUGUCAGGCCGCCGGUGUAUAGCGGGCGAGCGAGUCUCGAGAAGACGAGGCCGCCGCCUAUAAAGGGGAUGCCGCUGCCGUGGGAGUCGGUUGAUGACGUGGCGAAUCUGCAGGGUGUGAUUGGUAGUGACGGUAGCAGUGGUGGUGGUGGUGAUGCUGCUGCUGCUGCUGCUGCUGGUGCUGCUGCUGCUGGGGAGGAGGCAAAGGUGUACACUGGAGAAGGAAGGGUCGGAGAUAGGGAGCAGGGUUUAGAUGGGAGUGUGAAGGCCGGGAAGACCUUUGAGGGAGGUGUGGGAAUGGCAAGAGCAGGUUCGGGAGGCAGUGCGGUGAAGAGCAGUGGGAGGAGGAGUGGGCCUGCCCUGGUGUGGCGAGAGGUGAACGGUGAGGGCGUGUGGACGCUGGCUGGGCUGGACGAAUUACAGGAGAGCCAGGCUGUGGCUCUUGAUAGUGUCACUGCCCCUCCUGCUGCUGCUACUGCUGAGGGUGCUGCUGCUGCCGGUGCUGCUGCUUGCAUUGCCGCUCCUGCUGCUGCUGGUGCAGAAGGUGCAGCAAUAGAAGCAGAGGCAGUAGAAGUGACUGUACGGACGGGUAGUGCGGCCAACGGGAACAGCUCAGCAGUGAAGGCGUGGCUAGACGGAUCGCCAACGGACGCGAUACAGUCACACUCGAUAGAAGAACCAGCGUGGGCGGUGGGCGUGUGGGAGGAGGCAGCGGCUCGUGGGGAGCAGGGAGAAGCGCAAUUCCAUCCUAGUAUCGAGACGUCUACUAACGAGCUGCAGCUGCAUCCCACGAACCCCUUCCUCUGCGCUCCCCCUGCUGGAAACACGCUUGGGGGAUACCAAGAGGCUAACGAUCCACUAGCAGGACCUGUGUACCCGUUACAGGCUGCCCCGUUAGAAGUGACAGAACCUCGUGAGCUGCUGGCGACAGGUGCAGGAGCAGAGCCUCCUGUGGAGGUCCCUGCCACCCCUCCCGCUGCUCCUACUGUCGCCUCGACUGCAGCUGCUGCCCCCUCAACCCCUGGUGCUAUCGGACCGACCAACCCCGCUUCGCCAGCUGGACUGCCAGCUGGACCGCCAGCUGUAGUGCCAGCUGUGCUGCCAGCUGGUCCGGAGGCCAAGCCAGCGCUGUGGGCGGCAGCAGUGGCAGCGGCAACGACGAUGACCCCCACUGCUGCUAAGAUCUCGGACCUCCUAUUUGGCUCCCCCAGUCCCCCCUCCGGCCCCAACUCCCCCUCUUCAGGUCAUAAGCCCCCCUCCCACCCCUCCUACCUGGCAUUGACUUCCCCCAGUCCCCCCUCUGGUCCCACCCCCCCCUCCGGCCCCUCUGUGCCGUGUGAUAGUCUCUCACUGGGUGCGGGCCAGGGGGCGAGAGGAGGAGGCCGAAGGGAAGGAGGAGGGGAGAGCGUGGGGGGGAGCAGUGUGGGGGCAAGGAGGAGGGAGGGAGUGGGGGAGUCGGAAAGCUCGCUUACUCUGGUGCGAGGGGCGUCCUGUCGAAGCUCGGUUGACACCCCAGGCUUUGCAGCGGGUGCUGCUGCUCGUUCCUCCCUGCCUGCCGCCUCUGGAAGUGGUGAUGGGCUUGAGAGGCGAGAGGAGAGGGAAGAGGAGAGCGAGGGUGAGGAGGAGAGUGAGGAGGGGAGUGAGGAGGGAAGUGAGGAGGGAAGUGAAGAGGAAGAGAGCGAGGAGGAGGAGAGUGGGACGGAUUACAGUGAUAGUGAUAGUGAGAGGGAUGGGUCGGGGGAGGAAGAGGAGGAGGAGAGGGAGGAGGAAGAGGAGGGGAGAUCAGGGGGAGGGAAGGUGAGGGAUGGGGAGAGACGUGAGUUUGAGGACGAUCGGAGCUGUGCCAGCUAUCUCUCCUCUGGAGGGGCCACAGCUGCAGCGUCAGCGCUCUCAGGUGAAAUGCCAGGCUUUUCAGGUGAAAUCAACACACCAGGUGUUUCGGCAUUGGCCAUGUCGUCUGACGGCAGCAAGAUCUCUCUCUCCCUCGGCUCACUCACAUCCCUCUCAAGCUCUCCCUUCACUACCCAGUCCCUUCAACCCUCCUCGCCCGCCCUUGUACCAGUGGCCACUUCCACCACCGCUGCUGCUGCUCCUACUGAUGCUACUGUUUCCCCUGCCGAUGCUGCUGCUUCUGCUGCUGCUGCUGCUUUUGCUGGUAAGAACAUCGCUGCUGCUGCUGGUGUCACAGCUGCUGGCGUUGGUGCUGAUGCGACUGCAGCCACCGCCAGCGCUGGUGGUGCUGGUUCUGUGUGUGGUUCUGCAAGAGUCGAGGAGGCGAGAGGGCAGUGUGAGGGAGAGAGAGUAGUGGAAGGGGAUGGGGAUGAAUGCUACACGUCUGAGUGGAGUGAGGAUGAAGGGGGGGAGGAGGAGGAGGAGGAGGAGGAGGAGGAGGAGGAGGAGGAGGAGGAGGAGGAGGAGGAGGAGGAGGAGGAGGAGGAGGAGGAGGAGGAAGACGACAGAGAAGUGGUAGUGGAUACCGAGAGGGAAGUGGUAGUGGAUACCGAGAGGGAACUGGUGAGUGAGGAGGAGGAGGAUGAAGGUGCAUGCUCAAGAGCUUCAAGCUCUUUCGAAGAAUCGGAGGAGGGGACAGAAGUGGUGAUGGAGGAUGAAGGGGCGGAGGGGAGGGAGAGAGAGAGGAGGAUGAAGAAGGACGAGCAGGAUAGGCGGCAGCAGCAGCAGCAGAGGGAGAAGCAGAGGGAGCAGGAGAAGGAGAAGCAGAAGCAGCAGCGCCAGCAGCAGAAGCAGCAGCAGAAGCAGCAGCAACAGCAACAGCAACAGCAACAGCAGCAGCAGCAGAAGCUGGAGGAAGAGGGGCGGAGAGUGGAGGAGGAGAGGGAGGGGGGCGAGCGCAGCAGCGGGAGGCGGCAGAGGAAGAGGUGGGGGGAGCCAGGGGGGGAUAGCGUCCUUGCAAGAGCGAUAGAGCACGCUCUGCCCGGCAGCAGGCGGCGAUCCACGUCUCCCUUGAGGGUCACCUCACCCCUUGCUUCGCCUCUUGCCUCGCCUCUUAAUGAGCCCACCUCCCCUCUCAUGGCUACAUCACCCCUCAACGGACCUUCCUCCCCUCUCAGAUCCACCUCUCCCAUCAGAUCUACCUCCCCCUUCAGCCGCUUGUAUUCGCCCAAGGACAAGCCCGCAGGCAAACCGGCACUUGUUGCGUCUGCACUGCGCAAACCCACAUUGCCAAAGAGCAGGUCUACGUCCCCAGUAAGCGCCUCCCCUAGAAAUACCUCCCUUAAAAAGACCUCCCCUAGACGCACCUCCCCUACACGCACCUCCCCGGUGCGUACCUCCACCUCCCCUGUGAGACGGCCUGUCUCCCCUAUAAGCAUGCUCGCUUCUCCAUUAAAGCGGCUCCUCAUACCUGACGGCAAGAGGAGCAGAUCCCCGUCCCCCAUAGCCCGUGCUCCUUCGCCUGCUUCCCUGUCAUCCUCGCCCAUAGCUGGAAUGCCUGCUCCUGCUGCCCAGGCGCCCUCGCCCAUAGCUGGAAUGCCUGCUCCUGCUGCCCAGCCGCCCUCGCCUGUUGCUAGACUGACUUCUCCUGUUCCGAGGCAGGGGGGGUUGGUAGAGGCGGGGAGGAAGAAGGGCUGUUCUGCCAGUAGUAAUGGAAGGAAUAAUGGUGCAGGUACUGGGGUGGGUUAUGGAGGGGGGAAUGGCGAUUGGGGCAGUGGAACGAGCUGGGAGACUGAGGAGAAAGCGGUGGUUGUGGAGGGGAGGGAGAAGAGGGGAGGGAGAGGAGGACUGGAGGAGAAAGGUAGGAGUGGAGUUGGGGGAGGGGAGGAGGAGAGGGAGGCGAAGGGAAUCCACGGUGUGAGUGGGAAGCUUGAGAGGAGUGGUAGUGGGAAGAGUGGUGGGAGUGGAGGCAAGGGAAGGAGAAGGAGGAGCAGCAGCAGCAGGGAGAAGGGGAGGAAGGGGAUGUGGACUAGUGGGGAGUGGGAGGUGUUUCAAGGGCCGGGAAGCGAGGAGGAGGAGGAGGAGGAGGAGGAGGAGGAGGCGGGGCGUGUGUGGGGGGAGGAGGGAGUGGCGGGACACCAGAAUAGGGGCAGGUCACCCCGACCUCGACGUACAACGUCUGUGACGUCAGCAGGGAGCAGUGUGACGUCGGCAACGUCCAGGGGCAGUGGGGUCAGGCGCGGCAGCAGCGGCGGCAGCAGAAGCAGGAGUGGCAGCAGGAACAGGAGGGGGGGGAGCAGGAGCGAGAAACAUGGUGGGAGAAUGGAAGGAAAGAAUGAGGGUGGGGAGAGGCAGGAGUAUGGGGAGGAGUAUGGGGAGGAGUAUGGGGAGGAGGAACGGACCAAGGAGCAUACAGUGAUGCUGGCAGGUGAGGGCGAGGAGGAAGAGAGAGCAGAGGGCAAGCGAGGGGAGGCAGGAAGGCAUGCAAAGGGAGCAGUGGAGGGAGAGUGGGGGCUGAAGCCAAGGAGGAGGACCAACAACAGCAGGAGCAGCAGGGACAACAGGCAUGGCAGGCAGGGGGAGGAGGUGCAGUCGCCUGGCAGUCAAGGGAAGAAGAGUGCGAGUGGGAGGGCGAGGAGGGGGGAUGGCAAGGGAGGGGGGUGCAGCCCUGACAGCCCGCAGCAAGGGGAGAAGAGGCGGAGCAGGAAGGCGAGAGGGUCCCCGGUGGAGAAAGAGGAGGGAAGCCCAGGUAAGUCUCCUAGGUCAACUCAGACAGCCCGGCCAAUGCAGUCCACAGAGGUGGUGAAGCAGAUGAUGCGGCAGCCGGCCUUCGAUUCUCUAGGGAUGGAGUAUUCCAAGGAGCAUGAUGGCAUGGCAGUCCCCCUCGCCCUUGAUGCCAGAACCCCGAGCCUGGAAGCCAGGACCCCGAGCCUGCCCCGGAGGUCACCAAGCCUGAAGAAGGAGAAGAGGGGCGGGAGGCGCGCGGGUGGGGCAGAGGGGGAGGGUACUGGGGUGGCAGGAGAGAGGGAUGCGCAAGGGGGCGGUGGGGAGGUGGAGGCGGGUAGAGGUCAGUCCAUUCUGUGCAAGAGCAGGUCGCCAGGCCAACGUCCUGAGGCGCCUCUAAUCGCCACGGCUGGGGAUCGCGCUGAAAAGGCCAGCUGUGCCGACAGUGCUAGCAGGGAGGCGGGUGCUGAUGCUGCCUCUGCAGCGGGUCACCUUGAGCAGGAUGUGAGAGGAGGUGGAGCAGGUGCUGCGGAGGAAAGAGCGCGGCACUUCCCUGUUGGGGCUGAAGCUUUGGACGCUGUUGGAGAGGUGGUGCCUCAGACGAGAGAGGAGACGGCGGUGGGGUUGAGUAGAGGGGAGGGCGAGGGGAAGAAGGAGAGGGCAUGGCGGAAGGGAAGCCCGUUUGGGAAGAAGAAGACGAAGGGGGGAGUGCAGGAUGUUCACCAAAUGGGAGGUGACCAUGGCAUGGAUGGUGCACAGCGUGUGGACCAGGCGGUUCCAAAGGAGGUGAGGGACACCAGCAGGAAUCCGUUUAUCAGUGGGGAGGAUGCCUGGAGCCCUGACAAGGGAGUUGCUGAGGCAAUUGCGAGCAUGGGGGAGCACGGAAGGCUAGAGACGGUGACUUCGUUUACAAAAAGGGGGGACGUUAGGGCUGCUGGUGUGGUGUUAGGGGGCAGCUGGAGACGCUAAAAGUUAGGGGUCACUCGUAUUAGAAUAGGUGACGACAUCAAUUAUUUAUAGUAGAUGUAUUUUAUGUUAUAACACGAGCCUAUAGUAUAA